AUGGCAUCCUCUAAUCAGGGCACUUUAACUCAGUCGGAUACUCCGGGUGGCAGUGGAUCUAAUAAAAAUGGGAGUAAUACUGACUCAGAAGGUAAACAAAGCAGUGGAAUGAACACUAAUCAAUCAGAGAAGAGCACUACAAGCACUACAGACAGUGGCAGAGUUAAGUCUGCAUCCAAUGAUUAUAAUACCCAGAUGGGGACUGAUUCACCCGCACAGAGUGAGAGUGCACCUGCUGUGAAUUCUAUACCUGGAUCUAAUGACCAGAGCACUAAUGCACUAUCACCUAGCAACAGUACAAAAAAUCAGCAGAGUGGCGAGUCUACCCCCACAGAAGCUGGCAAUAUUGUAAUAGAGUAUAAAGACAAUGGCACGGGAAAUAUCGACUUUAAAAUACCAGGCAUUACUAAAUCCACGAAGAACAAUGAUACAACAGAACAAAUAACCCCUGGUGAGUUUAAUAAGACUCUUCCCACACAGAAAGACUCUGCAAAUGGAACCAGCCAAGAGAAAACACCUAUUUCACCAUCUAACCCUGAACCAAUAAGCUCAUUAUCACACUCAACCAUGCUAUCACAGGCAUCUUCUGCCACAGCGGCUCCUGCUGCGAACAGUCCAGCUCCAGCAAAUACUGCAAAUAAGACAGAUACAAAGUCAUCGUCUCCCCCUGCAAGCAAUACCAAAAGUGGCGAUAGUAGCAACCAAGGUGCCCCAUCAACUAAAGUCUCCACAAUAACUGCAGAUCAAAUAAAAAAGACUCUUUCUGCAUGUGGGUACUCUGGCAGUCCUAAACAAGACUUUGUUAAUGAACUUAUAACACAGAUAAACAAGAACAACUGGAGUGAUAAUGAGAAGAGUAUGUUUUUAGCUCAAAUCUAUCACGAAUCUGGUGGGUUAACAAUGUUAAUAGAGCAAGCUUGUAUUAAUACUCCAUGCACCAACUACGACAAUGCCAACAAAGCAAACGGCCCUGUUGCCGGUGCACCUGGAAAGCAUUAUUUCGGGAGAGGAUAUAUCCAGCUUACUUGGCCUGCUAAUUAUAAAGAGGCAAGUAAUUCAAUCUAUAAAGAUGACAGACUUUAUACAAACCCAGACCAAGUGGCCACUGAUAAAUCCAUAGCAGCCGCUGUAAGUAUCUGGUACUGGAACACUAGAGUAAUGACAUCAAAAUCCCCACUGAGUAACUUUGGUGAAACAACAAAAGCCAUCAACGGGGCAAUAGAGUGCCAAGGUGGCCCUAAUGCCUCUGCCAAACAAAGGUACAGUAAUUACCUCGCAAUAGCAAAGGUGUUUGGUGUGAGUCCAACAGCAUCCAGCAAAGGGUGCGGGGAUAAUUAA